UUGUACCGCUUAUUAAAAAGGUUAUAUCUGAAGCUAAAUUUACUGCAAGCAAUUUUUAUGUUAUUACACUUUCUAAAUGUAAUUUAUAACAUAAAAAUUGUAUAUAAAUAGUGUCCGUUUUGAUCAAAUGGCCGCUAGAUGUCGCAGUUUGACCACAUUUGUAACUCAUGCAGCUUCAUGAGGUCAAAAGCAAAAGUGAAAGUUUCCUUAUGAGUUUGUGUCACUGCAUGGAAAAACAGGGGAAAUCAGGAAUUAUGUGAAUAAAAUACAGAGAAAACUGCUCAAAAUAAUAGAAAUAAAUAGUAAGUUACUGUGGAGAUUUCACAAUUGCAGGUGCAAUAUAGUUUAAAUUGGUUUGUUGCUUUUAAUUCCUAUCAGGAUGCAGAAUAUUGGUUCGGUCCAUAUUCGGUUGCCGCUGAUUGUAAUAUUUUUAGCGUGAAUGUAGACCUAUGGCGUCCUAUGCAGUCCUGUGUUUUGCUGUUCUGGAGCUUCUUAACAGAGGUGAAGCAGCUGUGAUCCAAACCCAGCAGACCAUAUUAGCAGCAGUGGGAGAAGAUGCUCCUCUCAGCUGUCAGCUCCUGGAAACUAAAGAUGUCCAACAGGUCACCUGGCAGAAGGUCUUGGAGACAACAGAGAAGAACAUCUGCACCUACAGCGAGUAUUUUGGUGAAACUGUGGAUCCUGACUUUAAAGAAAAGGUUCAGUUUACAGAAGUUGGACUGCAGAAGUCCUCCAUAGUUAUCAGGAGUGUUACAGAGCAGGAUGAAGGAUGUUAUCUCUGUUUGUUCAACAUCUACCCUGAUGGAGCUUUGAUAGGGAGAACCUGUUUGAAGAUUUAUGAGCUGCAUGAACCCAUCCUUGAUGCCAGAAGAUCAAACUCUCCUGCAGAGUCAGUUGUGUCCUGUUCAGCCACAGGUCGACCUGCUCCCUCUGUAACACUGACUGUUCUCCACCAGAACCUCAGCUUCUCCCAGUACACCUCCACCAGUGUGACCAACAGCAACGGUACGGUCACCAUCACCACCACAGCUCUGCUGUCAGCUUUCAGCAGCACAGAGGUUGGAUGUUCAGUGUCAGUUCUCUCUGCUGCUCCCAGAGAGCUGCUGGUCACCGUUCCUGGACUCACAGAGACGUCUGAAGAUGUUUUUCCUAAAGGGAGAACUCAGAUCAUUACUGUCGUUGUACUCAUUGGGAUGGUCUGCAUUCUUCUUCCUGUCUUCAUAUUUCUGUGUUUCAAACAGAAAAUUCAAUACAGGGACCCUGAGAUGGAUAAAACACAAAUAAAAUCAUCACAAGACACAGAUGAGUUGAAAACACCUCUGAAAGUGGAGAAUGAGAUCAGACAGCGAACCUCCAGCCAAAAACGUCAAGAAAACAACAACUACUCAAACUCCUCAUCUUCAGUGGCUAAAAGACUUUUUUAAGGAUGAUGUUGUUGCCAUUCUGAUGAUAUUUGAAGAUCAGGUUGGUUGGAAAUACGUUAAAGGGAGUUUGUGUCUCAUCAAACCAGGAGAUUACUGUGUUCAUAGCUCCUGCUGAGAGACUUUUGAUUUUGAAAUGUUUUGCACAAUUACCGGGGGUGAAUCACAGUAAAACAGGUUAAAUAUC